CUAGUGGCCCCACUAAGUUGCUUGGACACUGUACAUCUUCUUGAAAGGGACUUUAGUCCUGAAUCCCUGUCUGGGAGACUGCCUACAUUGGAGGUGGGAAUGACAGGUAAAAUUUAAGGCCACCAACAAAAUGGAAGUGAAAGAGAAUGAUAAGUAUAAAACAUGGAGGUCGAGCCCAGACAGUGAAUCUUCAUGGACUACUGUUGCAGAUGCCAGUUCUGGGAGGAAAUUCACCAUUCCAAAGAUCAGGAAGACAACUGAGAAAGUUUACUUGUCUUCUUGUUACACCAAUACUAGAGAGUAUGGCUUCAUACAUAACAGUCUGAAGCAGUGCAGGCUUGAUGUAAGCUGUGACCUGCAGUUCACAUGGCAGUUUGGAGAUACAAAGCUGGUUCGAAAUGAAUUUCUCGAAAAACAGUUUUCUGUUAAGAGGUCAGAGAUGCGUGAGAAUGGAAGACAUGGCAGAGAAUCGGAAGAACAUUUCUGUUUCUUAGCACUUCCUCAGAGUGAUGCGGUAGAGAUCUACCAGAAUGGGCUAAGUACCAAAGCAUCCACACUGAAGAUACUUGGGAAUCCUCUUCUUGGAAUUUAUAUGUUUAGACAUGUUGAUGUUGCCCUGAAUUACGCUCAUAGUCGAAGCACUACUGUAGAAACGAUUAUGAUUUUUAAGGUUCUCUUUGGGAAAGUAAAGAAAAUUCAGCCUUCUAUGGAUCAAAGCAAAGUGUCUCUGGAUCCUUCUCCUAACUUUGAUUGCCAUAUGUCAAGAAAUAUGCCAUCUCUGAAAGAUACCAUUGAGCUACAAGCCUACAAUUCAAUGGUAUAUUUCUAUGAAUAUGAUUUCUUUUCAAGACCAGUAGAUAGACCUAGACAGUGUCUUCCAUAUGCAGUAGUAACAGUAAAAUUUAUUGGUCAAAAGGCAGGUAAUGGACAACUUAUGACAUCACUGAGAUUCCCCUCCACAGGAUUUCCUAAGAGGCUUGAAAGAGCCUGUUCUCUGAAUAACUGUACAGUUGCCAAAAGAAUUGGAAAAGGAAAAGAUGCUACAGUCAUCUUCGAGCACUUCAGGAAACCUGUUGAUCCAUUUGGUCAGGAAAAUUGUCCGUGCAAUGCACUAACUUCAGAGAUGGGUUCUUCCAGCUUGGAGUCCUCUAGUUCUUAUGGAAGUGUGCCCAAUGGAAACAAUUCUGUGUUUGAAGCAUACAGCAGACAGACAAAUAAUUCAUCAGAAGUUAGAGAUUCUUCUCAAGUACACACACACAAUUCAGGUCUUUCUUUCAUGCCCACUGCUAAUACAGCAAGUGACAAUGGUGACCUCUUCAGUGUGACAUAUCUCAGAAGUAUUUUAAGUAGUGUUUCUGCUGUUCUUCCUUCUCAGAGCAGUACUGACUCAAGUACAGUUAUCACUUCAAAACUUAUUAAGGACCCAAGACUGAUGAAGAGAGAACAAAGCAUGAGGAAACAAAAUAACACUGCGGGUUUAAGUGAUGGUUUGUCAUUUGAUAAGAGUGUGGGUCAUGGCAAUUCAGAAAUAAAGCUGACAUGUACGGCAACUAGCUCAGUCUCUUCACCUGAGACUGCCCUUGCUGAUCAUACUCUUACCAAUUGCUCAGAUACCUCCUCCUUCAAAUUCUCUUCUGAAAGACCAUGCUGUCAGACUCAGAAUAUGGGCUCAAGGGACUGUGACUGUACAGCAUCCAGGAAGAUUGCCGUUACAGAGCAGUGUAAAGAGCAAAGCACUUUUUCUUUCCCUUGUUACUUACCAAAUUCAUUUUUAGAUGUUGGGAAACAAAAAUACAAUGAAGAGGAGGCCCAAAAGAAAAGCAGCAACUCAUCUUUAAGUGAGCAAAGCAAUUUGCCACAGAACAACUUUGAAUUAGAAAAAAAUAGUUGUAAUAGUAAAGACUAUCAGAGUCAUAUCUCUAUGGCAUCAUGGUCUUCUGAUUUAAAUAGUAUAUGUAAAGAUGGUCACAAGAUGUCUGCAGUCUUCCCAGUCCAGAAGAAAGGAAACAUAGAUGAGUAUGAACAAAAUACUGGAAUUAUGACAACCUUCAUCAGCCCAGAAGACAGUUCUAAACAUGUAGUAAACCAAACUUUGUGGAAAGGAACUGUUAAUUAUUUUACUGAUAAAACUACAAGUAGCCCAGUUGAUAUUACAUUGCACCAGGAACGCAAAGAAUGUGGAAAUCUUAAUUCUUUAAGGGAAUAUUGUAAAAAAAUACCAGUUCCUCAUAAGUUACAAAUGCCCAAAAUUGCCAUGUCUACCAAAGAGGAUAAAAAUGAAAAUAAUGCAGCAGUGGGAUUAGAGUGUGAUCUUACUCCAGACAUAGACUGCCUUUUACAAAAGCAUCCUCAGUAUUCUUUGGAGCACAAAGAUAAUGUGGCUCAAGAGCUGACAGAAUUGAAAGCAGUACAAAAUAACCAGAACAUCAUUAACAAGACUGAUGCUUUCCAGGAAGCAAAAGAUGUUACCCUGGCCAACGAACAACUCAUUGAUAGAGUUAUUUCAUCUUCUGCCAUUGAUGUAUCUCUUGACAGUCCAGGUUGCAACAUAAUUGCAGAAUGUAUGUACAUCCAGAGGGAAAAUAAAAAUGAGGCAGUAUCAUUGUAUAACCUUCAAGAAGACUGCAAAGAAACUUCUCAUUUUAAAGAUGAUAAGCAGGAGCACUACCUGUGGUAUGAUGCUGACUUGAGCUCUGAUCCAAACUUGAAAAUUAAUUUGCAAGAACAAAGAGAUUUUGAAAAUCCAAAUGAGGCUAAAGAGAAAGAUAGUGUUUCAUCUCUAGAGUAUAAUACAGAGAAACAAGAUUUUCAUGCAAAUAUAGUUGAAAUGAAGGAAAUCGAGAGUAACAACAAAGUAGAAAUCUUGAAUUCUGAAGAAUGUUCCACAUUUAAUUCAACUUGUGAGAAGAAAGGUUUACCAGUAAAGUUUACAUUAUCAGAGAGUGAAAAUAGUAUGGCUUCUAUAAAACAAAGACAUACACCAAGUGAUAGAAAAAGCGUGGACCACUUGGUGCCCACAUUUCCAGAAAUUGAAGCUUCUGUGGUGUGUGUAGCCUCCAGUGCUACAAAACAAGUUAUUAAUACUACUGUUCUUACAUUAAACACACAUUGUGAGGAUCAUCAAAACCACCAGCUGAAAGAAACUUGUGCCUCUGAGAUUUCAGAUUUAGGUUUAAGAAAACAUGGCAUUUUUGAUUGUGAGAUUGAUACUGAUAAAGAGAAAUUACAAGAUUUUUCCCAAUUAGUAAAUGAGACUUCAGGUCUUCAAACUUUUGAAUUGGGAAGUGAAAUUGAAGUUCAACUUGAAGAUUGUAACAAUGCUUCUUUGCUCCCACAAAAUAUAGAUAGCCAGGCAAAUGUUCUUUGUGAAGAAUUUGAGUUAUAUAAUUCCCUAAAGUCCCGGAUUGAUUGGGAAGGUAUAUUUGUAAACACUAAUGAAGAGAUGGAAACUUCGAGUUUUGCUGGAAGGGAAAGUACUGAUCCACAUUCUACAGAAUGUAAUUGUGUUUCUUUGUUCGCACAAAAAGACAAAAGAGAGCUCCACAACCCAGUUUUUCUUCCAGAUCUACAAGUUACAAUUACAAACUUAAUUAAUCUAAGAAUCAGUCCCAUUGAUGAUUACAUAGAGUCAAAAGAUAAUUUUUACAAACGUGUAACUGAAUCCACAGAACCAGAAGCAAAUGAGGAAGGGAAAGCUUUUGGAUUUAGCAUAUAUUCCCAGACUUCUGAAGAAAAUUUAGGUUUUUCAUGUGAAAAUAAAUGUGGUAAUUCAGUGCAAGAAUCAGUACAUUUGAGCAAAUCUGGAAUUUCCCAUUCUUCCAACUCAGUUCAUAAUACACAUGUAAAUCACAUGUCUGGAAAACCGAACACUAACACUUUUCCUACUGAACCAUGUAAUGUCGCGGUCACCAAUGUCAAAAGCAAAUGUCCCACAAAAUCAAAACCCGACAUUAAUGACACUAGAAAUAAAAAGGACAUGGAAUCCAGAAGUGGCAAAAGAAACCUGCAUGCAUCUUCAAGGGGACAGAAUAUUUCCCAUAAAGAUUUAAGGCAUCGUGAAACUCAUGAGAAGAGAAGAAAAACAAUGAGUCAUGACUCAUCUGAAUGUUUUUCUUCCGUAUCCCAAGGGCGAAUUAAAACAUUUUCACAGUCAGAGAGGCACAUUAGGAAUGUACUGAAUAUUCUAAAUAAUGAAGCAUCUUUAUGUAAAAGCAAACAUUUGUCCAGAAAACUGGAUAAAGCUGUUCUUCACUUAAAAAAAGCUCAUAGAAGAGUUCAUACAUCUUUGCAGCUUAUAUCUAAAGUGGGAAAAAAGAGAAAGGGCCCAUUACCAAAAGCAUAUUCAGUAAUAUGCAAUAAUUUCUGGGAAAGUUGUGAUCUUCAAGGUGAUAGUUGGAUGUCUGAAAGAAGAUCUACUAGGCAUUUUUUGUCCAAAAGAAGGUAUGACAAACAGGGAGAGAAAAGAUUGUUAAGACUUGAUAUUGAUGAAUCAUUGACGUCAGUAUCAAAGCACAGAUCUUACAGAACAAAGAGAGCGAGAAUUACAGAGUGUCUUUCCAGCAGAAUCAUGUCUGGCAGGGUCUCCAGGAGUCUCACCACUUUCCAUGUGAGAGAAUUCUGUGGUGGAGAACAAGUUCACAAGUCACAGUUACCCCUACCCAACACAUCCCAGAGUAUAAGUCAGUCAGAGGACACUGAUAGCAUUGUGAGAAAUGCAUGCUCUUCUGAACUUGAAUAUUUUUCUGAAACAAGUGGACACACAAUUUACCCAGAUGAAACUCGAAGUGAAAAAGAAUAUCAGACUGAUGCACAGAUACCUAAUAGUGACUCUACAAAGUGUGGAAACCAUUCAACAUAUAAUAUUGAAGAUAUAACAAAAGAAAAUAAUUCUGAAGAUAAAACAGUGGUAUGUGAAAGUAACUUAUUAUCUUUAAGUUCCAUGAAAGAAAAUAUUAGUCAUAGUCAAGAUAAAGGUCAUGAUUUAACUUUUAAAGCUAACACUGAUAAUAUAGUUUUAGACUCAGACAAACACUUUUUAAAUGUCAGUAUCUGUGAACAUGAUAACCUUGUAUCUGAUGGUACUACAAAUGGGGAAACAAUUCUUCCUAUAGAAAAGUGUACAGUUCUUAGGGAGAUCACACCAAGCAUUCCUACAGUAAAUGUGCCACCAUUGUCACCAAUUCCAGUGACAGCUGGUGUGGAAGAAUCUGUGGUGGGAAAUGGACUUGUCCAUGUAAAGGGGAAUGAAGUAAAUAUCACAAAGCAUUCUAAAUUGGAUCUAAUGUCAGUAACUGGAGAAAGUAAAAGUUGUAAGAAAAGUACUAAACUAUCUUCCAGUGAUACUUCUCUGCUCUUAAAAGAGAAUGUAAAGGGUCCUUCAAAAAUAUAUAUGGCAAAAUACAUUGAAGAAGAAAAAUUGAGAAAAGUUGAGCACGGAGUUUACCAAAAAACGAUUGCUGAAGGAUCAGCUAUUGUUACUGGGUACAAACGUCAAAAUAAGAUUCUGAAAGAAGGCUCCUUCCACUCGCACAAGAAAAUAAUUAAAAACAGCUUGACUGAUUCUUGUCUGGGAAUUAAUAAUUCUACCCAAGAGAAAAUUGCUUUGAAAAACAUUCCUAGUCAGCUUAGCAAAAGACAGAAAGCAGGGCAAAUUAAACAACAAUCUGACUGUCCCUCCAAACCAGCCACUGCAGGAACCAGUCAUAGGCAGGUUAUAAAUGAGAACUCUGAAGUCACUGCUCCUCAGAAGAAGGCUCCAACACAUAUGCAGGGAUUAAUAGAAGAACAUGGUAUCCUUAAUUACACAUCUCGUAUAACAGAGCUGUCUCACAUUUUACAGAGAGCAGAUAAAGCAGUAUCUUUGCAGGUUUUAGAAGAAGAGACUAAAGUUUGUCAAAAUCUUCUCCCUUUAUUUGUUAAAGCUUUUGAAAGAAAGCAAGAAUGUUCACUUGACCAAAUCUUGAUUUCAAGAAAGCUGAUGGUAGAACAGAAUUUGUGGGAUAAUUGUAGACUUAAAUUGAAACCAUCUGCUGUUGAUACUUGGGUAGAACUUCAAAUGGCAAUGGAAACUAUUCAGUUCAUUGAAAACAAAAAAAGAUUCUUAGAAGGUGAAGCAACAUUCCGAAGCUUGCUGUGGUAUGAUGAGAGCUUGUACAGUGAGCUGCUUCCCAGGCCACAUGGAUAUCAGCUCCAGUCCAAUUUCUAUCCUGCUUUUCAAAGACGAUUAAAAUAUAAUGCAUUCUGUGAGUUACAAAGUUAUUAUCAUCAGCUAGUUGAAAUCUUAACAGAAACAAAAAAAGAAAAUAACUCAUAUUAUGCAUUCUUAAAAUACAAACGUCAAAUUAAAGAAUGUGAAGCCAUAAUGAGGCACUAUUCUGAUUGCUUUGACUUUUGUCUUUCUGUUCCGUUUACCUGUGCAGUUAACUUUGGAGAUACUUUAGGAGAAUUGGAAGCCUUAAGAAAAAGUAUUCUGAAGCUGAUCAGUAUGCAUGCAGGUACUCCUAAAGUCCAGUCUUACCCAGGAAAGAAAGACCAAUUGUGGAUCAUUUUAGAAGUGGUCUCCUCAAAGAUUAGUUUUAUCAAGAGCAAUGAAGAAAUAAGUAUCAAAAUUUGUCUUUAUGGUCUGGAACAUAUAUAUUUUGAUGCUGCAAAAAGUCUUGUGUGGAAAGAGAAAAGCCACUCUUAUCGCAAAAGACAUUCUGAAAAGAAUAGAGAAAUGGAGGUGAUAAAUGAAUGUGCUUUUUCUAAGUGGGAAAAGAUCUAUGAUGCCAUGUCUAAGGACUUACAUAAUGAAUCAGCUCCCAGCAUUGGGCUAGAAAAAGAUAUGAUUGCUUCCAGACAGUCAGCUCUAGUUAGCCUACCAAACUGUGAGCUAAACAAAGCUUGCAUUUCAUACCCAGAUAUUUGUUGUAUUAGUGAGAUACUGGAUCAAGCUAAAUCUGCAGACCUAGAGACAUUACAGGAUCUCACUCUAAGAUGUACAGUUCACUUAGAAAUUCUAAAAAAAUACUUCCAGAUGAUGCAAGAAGAAAAUAUAGAUAAUAUUUUUAUCACUGAAGAAAAUAUUUUGGAUAUACUAAACCACAACCAUGGAGCUGUCAUUUUAAAGCCUGAAGCUGUUGAGAGUUAUAUUGAAACUGUCAUGCUCUCAGAAACCAUUCAUUUUCUUAAAAAUUCAAUAGCAAAGAAACUGAACAAUCAGAGAUUUCGAGGUAUGCUCUGGUUUGAUUGGUCUCUUCUUCCUGAGCUUGUUGGCUGCCAAAAAGAAAUGGCAUCAUUUUCAUUUGAUUACAACCAAACAGAUUGCCUUUGGAAAGUGAUAGAGACGGCUAUUUCUCACCUUAGGAAAGAGCUAUGUGUUCUCUGUGACUACAGUGAAGCUGUUAAUUGUUCCUAUGCUCUAUGUUUAUUUUCCAGAGAACUUAAGGAACUUUUGGAAAUUAAAAAGCUUCUAAAUACAUCUAAAUAUUCACUUUCCACAUACAUUGACUUGGCCCCAUAUACCGCAUGUGUAAAUUAUGGAAACACUGUGGAAGAAUUGGAACAUAACUACAACCAGCUUUUUACAUUACUCAAAAAUAUAAUGUCUGUUCCUCAGAAAGAUUUUGGGAAAAUGGUCCAUAUAAUAAAAGUUCUGAAGACAAUUGAACAUAUGAAGAUGAUAAGGGCUAAAGGGACUGCUAAAUUGUCCACUCAUCUCCUGUUUUUCCAAAUGCUGCGUAACAGAAGGAACACUUUGCAACUGAAAAGAAAAGAAAAGAUGGACACAUAUACUACAGAACCUGAAGAGAACAGCAGUCAACCUCAUAUUUCUGUGCAGACACCCUCAACUGCAGGGUGCACAACAAAAAACAUUGCAAGUUCCUCUAAAAAACGUCCUGUGACUACAGACAUCUGUGAAGUCUCCCAGGGAAAAGGAAAUACUGAUGCAGUUUCCAAUUGUAAAAAGCAAAAGGUUACCAUGAAAGAUGUAAGAAACAGACAAAACACAAUAUCUAAGAAUCCAAGGACUAUAGAAUCUCAUCCCAAAGAUGAAAACAAAAUAGGAUCAAGUUCAUCUGACAAUCUGAAAGACUUUGCAUCUCCAGAAAUGGUCAACAGACAAAGCUCAACACCUGGCUUGCUUUCACCUUCUGAGAACAUAGAAUACAUUUGCACACCAAAGUCAGAAAGCAAAAUAGAACUGACAGAUAGCUCAUCUGAUGCUUCAGAGUAUCUCACUGAACAGCAGGAAAGCUUAAAUGACAGAAUUAAAAGAAAUGUGAAUUUUAAUGCUGCUCAAACAAAUGAUAAGAAAGACCACCCCCUAGUAACUUGUGACCAAAAGGAUAUAGCUACCACUUGCUCACCUGACAACACACCUGCACAGAAGUUACUUGAAAUCCCUGCAGAUCACACACAGCUCUGUCCUUCAAACAUAAGACCAGGAAAUGAUGCCCCUCUUAGGCCUAAUGCAUCAGUGCCUGCUUCCCAUUCUGUGAGAGCCAUCCAUAGCAACCUUGAAAUGAAUAACACAGGCUUUGAACAUGAAGAUAAGGAAAUACUAGAUAUGUCUAUUAAAGAUUGUGCAUGUACCAGCUCUCCAGAGCCUGUAUGUAUCCAGGACAGAAUUCCUGUCCUGAAAGUAGAUAAAACACAGCCUAUAGAAGAAGCACCAAAUCCCAGUACCUCGCUUUUUGGCUCAUAUGGGACCUCAGCCCUUGAUGUGACUCAAAGAGCAGGACAUACUGUCUUUGAACAGGGUGGAAGGAAUACUAAAGUCAUGACUCAGAAAGUUGAUACAUCCUACAACACACCACCACAGCCCACAUUUACUGCAGGGUAUAAUUCUUCUGGACAUUCAUUUGGAACAUCAUAUCCAUACUAUGCUUGGUGCUUUUAUCAGUACAGUAGCAGCAAUGGCACUGCUGUUACCCGUACAUACCAAGGGAUGACAACAUACGGGACAUCACCACCUCAUCCCAUGAUGACUGCAGUUGCAAAUGCUGUCCAGAACACACAUUUCAAUCAUUCAUACUCUGAAUAUUUAAGCUACUUUGGUAGGCAGCCACAAACAAGUGCCUUUAUCCCAGGAAAUGGCUAUUCUCCAUAUCCCAUGCCUGUUUCUUACAUCUACCAACAACCAGUUUAUUCGCAGUUUGCUUCUCAUCAGCUGGUACCACAAGCCACCUAUCCUUACCCUUCUAACCCACAUGUGCUUCCACAAGCUCCUUGGACUUACGCUCCAUGGCAACAGUACCCUUUUCUGCCAAGGCAUUAAGAGUAAGUUAAUCUCUUCAUACUGAAAUAAAUGCAAUUUAAGUUUUCACAAGUA